UUUCUCAAGUCUCACCCCCCUUCUUAUCCCCCCAACACUCUUUCACGCCUUUUCCACAUACACAACACCACACCAAACCAACACAACAACAGCAAAGCAUAUCUCUUACUUCCCUUUUCUCUGCGAAACCCUAACCCUAAAAAGGAUUCACCAUGAAAGGAGCAAAACCGAAGGCCGAGACUAGAAAAGCUGACAACAAGCUCUCUGUAAAGAGGAAACCUGCCGGAGGUGAUAGAGCCGGCAAAAAGCCAGCGAAGAAAGAGAAGGCAGUAAAGGACCCUAACAAACCCAAAAGGCCUGCAAGUGCCUUUUUUGUUUUCAUGGAAGAGUUCAGGAAGCAGUUUAAGGAGAAACACCCUAACAACAAAUCCGUCUCCGUUGUGGGCAAAGCCGGUGGAGAUAAGUGGAAAUCGUUGUCAGAUGCUGAAAAGGCUCCUUAUGUUGCGAAAGCCGAGAAAAGGAAGACAGAAUACAACAAGAACAUGGAUGCCUAUAAUAAGAAACAGGCUGAAGGAGCAGAUGCAGCUGAUGAUGAUGAGGAAUCAUUUGAUAAAUCUAAGUCUGAAGUGAGCGAAGAGGAAGAAGAUGAUAGUGGAGAGGAAGAAGAAGAUAGCAGGAGGAGAUAGGAGACAAGAAGAUAGAAAGAUUGGAACUUUUUAGUUGUGUAGGG